AUGCGCGAAUGCAUCAGUAUUCAUGUUGGUCAGGCUGGUGUACAAAUUGGAAAUGCCUGUUGGGAACUAUACUGCUUAGAACACGGUAUUCAGCCUGACGGUCAGAUGCCAAGUGACAAGACAAUUGGGGGUGGUGAUGAUUCUUUCACCACGUUCUUCAGUGAGACUGGAGCCGGAAAACAUGUACCAAGAGCAGUUUUUCUUGAUUUGGAACCAACGGUAGUUGACGAGGUCAGGACUGGGACUUAUCGGCAACUGUUUCACCCUGAACAACUGAUCACGGGAAAAGAAGAUGCCGCAAACAAUUAUGCUCGUGGUCAUUACACAAUCGGGAAGGAAAUUGUUGAUCUGGUGCUUGACCGAGUACGCAAACUGGCGGACCAAUGCACCGGUCUGCAGGGUUUCCUAAUUUUCCAUUCCUUUGGUGGGGGUACUGGCUCCGGCUUCACGUCACUACUCAUGGAACGUCUCAGUGUGGACUAUGGCAAGAAAUCUAAACUGGAAUUUUCUGUCUAUCCAGCCCCACAAAUCUCCACUGCCGUGGUUGAGCCAUACAAUUCCAUUCUAACCACACACACAACUUUGGAACAUUCUGAUGCGGCAUUCAUGGUAGAUAACGAGGCAAUCUACGAUAUUUGCAGACGCAAUUUGGACAUAGAACGACCCACGUACACAAAUUUGAAUAGACUUAUUGGUCAGAUAGUUAGUUCCAUUACCGCCUCUUUACGUUUCGACGGUGCUUUAAAUGUGGACAUCACUGAGUUCCAGACGAAUCUGGUGCCAUAUCCACGAAUCCAUUUCCCAUUGGCUACUUUCGCGCCAACUAUUUCAGCGGAGAAAGCGUAUCACGAGCAACUUACUGUGGCUGAGAUUACCAAUGCAUGUUUCGAGCCAGCCAAUCAAAUGGUAAAAUGUGACCCACGUCAUGGAAAGUAUAUGGCUUGUUGUAUGCUGUAUCGCGGAGAUGUUGUGCCCAAAGAUGUGAAUGCAGCUAUUGCCACGAUCAAAACAAAACGAACAAUCCAAUUUGUAGACUGGUGUCCGACUGGUUUCAAAGUUGGCAUCAACUAUCAACCGCCAACUGUGGUUCCAGGAGGAGACCUGGCUAAAGUACAGCGUGCGGUUUGUAUGCUCAGCAAUACGACGGCAAUCGCGGAAGCCUGGGCACGACUGGAUCACAAAUUUGAUCUGAUGUAUUCGAAAAGGGCAUUCGUGCAUUGGUACGUUGGUGAAGGAAUGGAAGAGGGCGAAUUCUCCGAAGCUCGUGAAGAUCUGGCCGCCCUCGAAAAGGACUACGAAGAAGUCGGUGCAGAUAGUGUGGAAGCCGAGGGCGAGGAAUUGGGUGAAGAAUAUUAA